AUGCAGAAACCCAUCAACAACCCCAGCCUCUCGGUAGUUCGUGCCAGCAUGUCCGUCUGUGCGGCGGGGAGAGCCAAUUCAUACACGACGAUGAUCAUUGUAAAGAGCGCGCUCGCUAACUCUGCGCGACGCGGACAGUUGCGCGAGGUCAUUCGGCGACAGGCUGAGACAAGCAAUGCCACUGUGGGCCUCCUCUUCAGUCGAGGGCUUCCCGUGAGUGGCCAAAUGCCCCCCGGACUGCUUAGUGAGAUUUCGCAAUUCGAUGACAUUCUGUUGGCAAGUUAUGCCGACAAUUACCUAAAUCUGACCCUUAAAACGAUCACCAAUCUGCGCUAUGGUCAUCACCACUGUCUACACAUCAGUCCCUCGUUCGUCUUCCUCGACGACGACCAUGGAAUCAAUGUGACACAACUGCGCCAAGUUUUCUCAAAGUUCUCACUGCCCGAAGUCCGUGGAAGCAUCUUCGGCUCAAUUAACUCUAGGAGAGCGGUGGUUCGAAACACUGGGUCAAAAUGGUUCACGGGGACUGCAGACUAUCCGUACCCACAUUAUCCGGAUUAUCCGAUUGGUCCCUGUUACAUCAUCGGCGCCGAUCUCAUUCCCAAACUCUCCAUUGCCGCAGCCUUCACGCGCCCCCUGCCCAAUGAGGAUGUCUAUGUGGGCGUGAUGUUGAUGAAGCUGGGAGUCAAGAUUCUCCCUCUGUCCAAUAUGUUCGUGCACAUGUUUGGCUUUACUCCCAGUGCAGUACCCUUAGUGGGAGGACUGGAUUUUUUCGUGAAAGCCCUUAAAAUCCAGUACUGA